AUGCACCAUCGAGAAAACGCCCACCGCACCAUCGCGGAAGCGCUUGCCCGCGAGCUACCGGAAACGGCCCACCUCCAAGCCAUCAGAGAUGCCUGCUCAGCGAUCUCACCUUCUUCCUCUGCGUACAGCCUGGAGAAGGUUCUGGAGACGUCUGCCUUCCUGCUGCUGUGCCCCGAGCAGACGGUGCAGGUGGCGCGGGCCAUGGGCCCCUUUCUCCUCGAGUGCGUUGCACGAGCGCUCUCGGCCGCUCGCGCUGCUGCUCCUGGGUCGUUGCACCCCACCGUCGCCGCACCAGAAUCCAACGCAACCGCCAAGGAGAACCCGAUCGUGGCUGCCGUCUCCCCCGCGGAGCGCGCCGAGGACGUGCUGGUGGCCAUGAGCCGGCUGUUGCCCGUGGCGCCGCACGCGCUGCCGCUGGCCCUGCAGCACUGGCGGUCCUCGCCUUGCCCUUUCGACUGCAUCACGACGCUGACAGCAGCAGCAGCAGCAGCAUCGUCGUCCCCCGGCAUCAGCGGAGAAGAGGACGAGACGGCCGCGUCCGUGCUGCUGCAGAAGCGCGUCCACAAGGUCGCCGAGGCCGCGCACAAGCUCCUCUCGUGUGCUGCCUUGAGCCGGAGCAUCGCCGCCCUGUGGAACUGGUCACCCUUCUUCGGUCUCUGUCGCCAUCCAGACGCCCUGGUGCGGUGGCAUGCCGUGGGUGUGUGCUCAUCCUCCUCCCUCUUGGGCCUGGACGAGCAAGGUCGACGACGGCUACUGAAGGCGGCGAGAGCACUGGACGGCGGACCGCCUUCGUCCCAAGACUCGACACGGCCGUGCCAGAAUCAAGAGCAGCAGAUUAGAAAAACGCCUCAGGGGGGAGCAGCAGCAGCAGAAUCCACCGCGACGACUGGGAGUGGGACCCCUGCUGCAGUAGUUCCCGACAGUAAUGAUGCCGAGGCGAUAUCGAAAGCCAGGCUCGAUCUCUUGGACGAUCUCCGUCGCGCGCCGUCUGCCCUGGUGCCGCCACCGCCGCCGCCGGUACGUGAACGGCAAGAAGAGCCUUCGAGAUCGGCUGCUGCUGCGGCGAGGUUUACCUUUCGCCACCACCCGUCCGUAGCCGACAUCGGCGGCAUCUUGCACGCCAAAACCGCCCCCCCUUCCAGCAGUUACAGCAGCAGCAGGGAGCACGACCGUCGGCAUGGCAAGGGUGGAGAAGUGCCCAUGCUGGUGCCAACCGCUUCUGCCCGCCGAAAUCUUUCCUCGCUGUCCCUCGCGCUAACCGUGGACCGACCGAUCCUGCUGUACGGCCCCGCCGGAUCGGGGAAGAGCCUGCUCGCGAGGGAGGCCGCCCGCCUCAUCUCCAACUCGGGAGACGGCGUCGAUCCCGAGCCCGGAGCAUCAUCGACACCCCUCCUCGAGCUGCACCUGGAUGACCAGACGGACAGCAAGUCUCUCCUCGGCGCGCACGCUUGCACCGACGUGCCCGGCGAGUUCGCCUGGCGCCCGGGGGCCCUAACCCGCGCCGCCGCCGCGGGCACCUGGGUCCUCAUCGAGGACCUCGACCGAGCCCCGUUCGAGGUGUUGGCGGCGAUCGGCCCGCUGCUGGAGGGCAGGCCUCUGACCCUGCCGGGCAGGACGAGGCCCCUGAUAGCGGCACCGGGGUUCCGGGUGUUCGGCACCGUGACCACCGUCGGGGCCGGGGGGGUUGUGUUGGGUGGGGCUGCGGAUUUCGGGGCCCUCUGGACUCACGUCCCAGUCGAACCCCUCUCCGUCUCCGAAACCCUCCGCGUCGCCAAGGCCCGAUAUCCUGGGCUUCCGCCGCCGGCCCUCAAGCGCAUGCUGAGCACCAUGGUGGCCGCCAAGAGCGGCAACAGCGGCGGCGGAGGUUUCGGGUUGGCGUCUAGGUCUGCCGCGGGGCGAGAGCCUGGCGUCCGCGACUUCUUGAAGCUGUGCACCAGGGUCGACACUCUGGGCGUGUUCGACCGUCAGAAUGAGGAUGAGGUUUCCAUGUCGAACGAGUGUGGUCCACAAGAAAAUGAUCAGGAAGAAGAUGAUGAUCACCUCAACGACGAGGACGGGUGGUUCUGCAGCGAGGCCCAGGCGCUCCCUGUUGUGGUGGAGUCUCUCGAUGUCUUCGCCGGUCACCUUACCACCAAGGAAGCUCGAGCACACGCGGCGGAGGUGGUCGCCGGUCUUUGGAACGUUCUCCCCUCUAGGGCAGUCGAGAUCGCCACCACUUCCAGACCAGAGUUUGUUCAAGCGGGAGACUACCUCAAGAUCGGCCGAGUUACGCUGCCGAAGUUGCCUCAGGCAAAAGGCGGCGUCACGGCAUCCUCUUCCUUCGCCCCCACGUCACACGCCCUCCGUCUCAUGGAAACCCUCGCCGCAUCCGCGCAAGCCUGCGAACCUGUUCUGCUGGUCGGGGAAACGGGGUGCGGCAAGACCGCUCUCGUCCAGCGUCUCGCGGAAGGCACUGGCCGUGAUCUGGUGGUGCAGAACCUCAGUCUGCAGACCGACGGGGCCGACCUGUUGGGAGGAUUUCGACCCGUUGAACUGAGACAGCUGGCGGAGGUUGCAGCGAUGUCGGGAAAAACCAGCUUGGGCAUAUGUAGUUCGGUCUACUGUCUCUUGGAACAAGUUGGGCGGAGAUAA